AUGGAGAAAACAAGUUUCGAAACACUUUCUAAAGAUCUACAAAUUAACAUUCUCACACGUUUGCCUCUGAAAUCAUUGAUGAAGUCACUCGUCGUCUCAAAGACAUGGGCAACUAUGAUCCGUGAGAAAGAAUUCAAUGUUGAUUACUUGGAGCGAUCGACGACAAGGCCUCGAGUAAUGUUCAUGGUCGAACGUUAUAAACCAGAGCCACACGAACCUGUGAUGUCGUGGUUUGACACUGUUUACAAAGAGCAAAGAGGUAUACGCGCAACACCUUACAGUGAGGUGUUGUUUCACUCUGUUUAUCGAGAUGAGGAACCAUUUCUGUCGUGUGGUCAACAACAGUUGCGUCUUUCUCUACAUUCAGUCUAUGAUGUUUCUCAACCCAUCCGAGGUUUGAUCUGUCUUAAGUUACGAAACAAGCUUGCGGUUUGCAAUCCCGGUACGAAAAAGUUUCAGACUUUACCGGAGAUACAAGUGCGAGAAGAUUCAAUCAUAUCAAGUUUUCUCGGAUACGAUGAAGCUACGGAUGUAUUCAAAGUGUUUUGUCUCACGAGGAUGAAGUCUGGUAAACCAUUAGACGGAACUAAGGAAUAUCUAGUCUUGACGGUGGAAUCCACCGGUCAAGAAUCUUGGAGAUCGAUCACAUGUGAGUAUGAUCAUGAACCACUUACUGAAGGAAUAUGUAAAGGAGGGGUUUUGUACUAUGGAGCUUAUAUAUUUCAACCCGAUGAAGCUAAUGAUCAGUCCUAUAAUGACACAUUAGUGGUCAUGAGCUUCAAUGUGAGGUCUGAAGAGUUUAGCAUCAUUAGAUAUCCUAAUCCUGAAGCUGCUUUUCAAUGGUUGAGAUUUGUGAUUUACAAUGAAAAGAUUGCCUUAGUGGAUGACGCUGACUUUGAUAAAGAAUCUUUGAAUGUACCCAUCAAUGGGAAUAAAGUUUUCUAUAUAUGGGUUAUGGAUGAACGUACACGAGAAUGGGAGAGAACCCGCAUUGAGAUUCUUGAUUGGGAAGAAGCUGUUGGAGACAAGCAGUUUAUUCAAAGGAACCAUUGGCGAAAGAGAACUUGUUUUUGCACAAAACUCUUACGGUGCCGACCGCGAUGA